CUUAUUCUAACUGCGCGCCAGAACAUCUCGUACCAUACAUCUGCCUUGACAGGUCAAGCAUGGGUUCUUGAGCUCACGACAGGCCACCCAGACUGGAUUCAGCACAACCUGGGUGUCAACUUAGAGAUGUUCAAAGAGCUGCUUGAAGUUCUUCAUAGACACAGAUUUCAACAAUCUUGCAAUGGUGUCUCCCUUGAGGAACAAUUAGCAAUAUUUUUAUAC